AUGCCGCCGACGACGACAUCAACGACGGCACCGUCGCUGCCGGACGAGCUCCUCGAGGAGGUCUUCCUCCGCCUCCCGCCGGAGGAGCCCGCGCUCCUCGCGCGCGCCUCCUUCGCCAGCAAGCUCUGGCUCGGCCUCCUCUCCGGCCCUCGUUUCCGCCGUCGCUACGGCGAGUUCCAUGGAGCUCCCCCCAUGCUGGGGUUCCUUUAUUCAUGGCCUUAUCUCUGCAUGCCUGAUGAGGAGGAACCCGUGGCAAACUUCGUCUCCACCACGAAAUUCGCCGCGCGCGCUCCCGACGACCAUGGGUACACUCCGUGGGACUGCCGCCAUGGCCGCGUUCUCCUGGGCAAUCAUUAUAAAUAUGAUAUGGGCCUCGUCGUCUGGGACCCAAUGACAGGCCGCCGGAUGAAGCUGGAAGCGCCCGCGCACCAUUGGGUCGCCGCAGUGCUCUGCGAUGUGAGCGAUUGUGACCACCGCGCUUGCCAUGAGGGCCCCUUCCGGGUGGUCUUCGUCGGCCUGGACAGGAUCGGUCAUGACGACGAUGAUUGUGUUGCACGCGCGCGCGUGUACUCGCCGGAGACGGACGAGUGGAGCGAGCAGUGCCCUGGUUUGCAGAAUGACGGCGAUAGGAAGAAACUGCCGGAGGGACCGUCGGCGCUUCAACAGAAGGCGGUGCGAGCUCAUGAUGCAGCUCGGGCGGCGCCGGCUGGUGGUCUGCUGAGAAUCACCGAGGCUGGGGAAGAAGGUCUUGAAAUAUGA